GCAGAUGGUGCCUUCGCUCGCUCGCUCGCUCCCUCGCGCGCCCGCCCGCCCCGUUCCGCCUCGCACUCGACCGAACGCGAGCGCACAGACGCGUCUCCGAACUGUGCGCUCCCGUGAGCUCAUGCCAUUCCUCCCUCUCCGCUCCGUCAUCUCUCACACAGGAUCACGCUCUCCGUUUUAAUUCAAACUGUUGCCACUGAAUAAGACACUGCGCGUGGGAGCGAACCGGUGCGCUUUUGGAAACGGCAGGUUCUCGCUGUGGACGCGUUUAUCCCCUGCUCUUCGCCCUUGGAUUUGAUUCGCACAUCGCGCUUCUUUCAGCCGUCCAGGAUGGGGCUUGUCGUGCUGGUGCUUCUGUGCGCUCUCACCGGGCUGGUGUUCGGGGACAAUAAACCCAAGACAUGCUCGGACAUCAGGCAGUUCUACAACAGCAAGGGGUUCAAUCUCAACGGAGUCCCACAAACAGUAAUAUCCGGUGAGCACCUGCGGGCUUGUUCUCAGGGUUACACCUGCUGCACAUCUGGGAUGGAGGAGAACCUCCUGAACCUGAGCCGACGAGAGUUUGAAACUCAGGUGAAGGAGUCUGGACGCACAUUACAGGCCUCUCUCAAUGGCCAGUACAAGAGCUUUGAUGAUUAUUUCCUGGAGCUGUUGAACCGUUCUGAAGCAUCGCUCCAAACCUCUUUCCAGACCGGGUUUGGACCUCUCUUCUCCCAAAUCGCAAAAGCGUUUCAGGAUCUGUACUCAGACCUUCGGCGCUACUACCGAGGGUCCAACGUCAAUCUCGAGGAGGCGCUGAAUGAAUUCUGGGCCCGUCUGCUGGAAAGACUCUUUAAGGCUUUAAACCCUCAGUACAUUAUUGGAGAGGAGUAUCUGGAGUGCGUAGCCAAGCAGUCAGAAACGCUGAAGCCGUUCGGAGACACGCCGAGAGAGCUCAAAACCAAAAUCACACGCACGGUUAUUGCGGCCAGAACGUUUGCGCAGGGUCUGGUGAUCAGCGGCGAAGCCGUCCGGAAGGUUUCACAGGUGUCUCUGAGCAAUGAAUGUGUGCGCGGCGUCAUGAAAAUGACGUACUGUCCUUACUGUAGCGGUGUGGCCUUUGCCAAGCCCUGCCCAAACUACUGUAAGAAUGUCAUGAAGGGCUGCCUUGCCAAUCAAGCUGAUCUGGACUCUGAGUGGAAGAACCUAGCAGAUGCUAUGUUGGAGGUAGUCGACAAACUGAGCCGGCCUUACAGUGUGGAUUCAGUGGUUCUGUCUCUGCCAAAACGCAUUGCUGAAGCUAUUCUCUACAUGCAAGACAACCUCAACACAUUCAACAAUAAGGUGUUUCAAGCAUGUAGUUCUCCAGCUCAGAGCUCCAAAACUGAAGACCAGAUCAAGCGAGGGAGAAACACAGCAGAAGAAGUGAGCAGCACCCCAGGAGCCCAGCUAGAGAAACUGUUAUCCGAUGUGUCCAGAAUGUUGAGAGAUAUGAUGCAGUACUGGGUCCAUUUGCCCAGAAAAAUGUGUGUGGACCGUGAGUCUGGACAGAGUGAAGCAGACAGAUGUUGGAACGGAAUGAGUGUGGACAGGUAUCUGCCAGAAGUGAUGGGAGACGGGCUGGCCAGUCAGAUCAAUAAUCCUGAGGUGGAGAUUGACAUCACCAAACCAGACAUGACUGUACGCAAACAGAUCAUGCAGCUUAAGAUUAUGAUCAACCGACUCAAGUACGCCAUCAAUGGAAAUGAUGUGGACUUUCAGGACACCAGUGAUGAUAUCAGCGGUUCAGGAAGUGGAUCGUGCGCCGACGAUCAGUGUUCCCGCGAUACACGUUUAUCGCCCACAAACACGGACAAACCCAAUGAAUACGCCUAUCCGUCAGAGAACAAGAAGGUGGUGAACGGAAGAAGCAGCCAGAACCUUCCUUGCAUCAGCCUCUACCUUCUCUCAUUGGUCACAGUCUUGCUUAGGCGAUAAUUGACAGGCAAUUCCACCAACUGGGACUGAGUACAGGACUGGGUUGGAUUGUGGAGGGGCGGGGUUAGUCACAUUGCCAAAACAAACAUGCAAACAUCAACGGAAACCGGCGAAUGCAUCACUUUUUUUGUCUUGAAUAAGAACACCAUGGAAUAUUCUUAGAUCUGUGUACUUUUUUGUCUCUUAUUUGAUAUAUGACACCCCUAGAGCUGGUCUUUUGCUUGUCUUUAUGUCUGUGGUGAAAAAGGUCUCUGAGAAUGCGCCAAUCUGUAACAAUAGCUAUGAAAAUCCACCCCAACAAACAAAACAUGCUGGUUUUUCCUUAUUCAAAAAUCAUUCUAUUUAUUAAUUAAGACCCAUAAAGAUCUCUGGCUUCUUCAGCUUGAGAAUGUCCUUCAACACUCGAUCAAACGAACGAAACAUCUGAAAGAACCGCGUGUUCUUCUUAUCUUCGUUUUAAAGCUUUUCUAAUCAUGAAAACAUGAGACCAGCUGUCUCACUCUCUGUCUCUCUCUCUCGUUUAUUGUACUAGUUUCCGCACUCCGCUUUGUAAAUGGGUUCAGGGGCCAUUUUAAAGAAAACACAACAUGUAUUUACUCUGGAUGUAAAUAAACGUGUACUAACAACAGUCACAUUUUCAGUAUAUCCUUGAGGACCCUCAACAGCACUAGAGCAAUAUUUGGGAUGAAACAUUAAUGCACCAGCAAUGAGAAAGAGACGGGUGCGGGACAGAUAUAAAAUGACCAUCAUCUCAGAAAGGGAUUAUACACGCGGGAAAAGACAAGCCGGAGAAUGAAAGGCUCGAAACCAGAGGGAUGUUGGAGGGGUUUCUGGACAUUGUUAAUUUGAUAUUGAUUCAAACCUCAUAGAGAUGUGUGUGUGUUAUGUGUGAGCGCACUUCAGAGAAAGCGUUGCUUUGUAAGUACUCACUAUACAAAUAUACACGUGUGCUCAAUACAUGCUGCAUCCACGUCAGAUCAGAUUAGCUCAGCGAGUCACAGAUGUGUGUCUCAAAUAUUUCCCAGCCCCACACCCUGCCCUGCAUUAGCAGACAAGUUGGAUUGUUUAUGGUACACACACAGUGUUGAUGUGAAAAUGAUGUUGCGCAACAUUGAGCUAACUAUUGUGUAAUUUUACCAACGAAAGUCUGUCAGUUGUAGGUACGAAUCAUACUCUGUGCAAGUAUGUAAACGCAAAUAACGUAAGCAUGCAUACUAAUAUUUGUGCGUCAAUGUAACGAUAGCACGCCUUGGUACUCGAAGGCGAUAGAGUUACCAUCAAAUGUUUGCCUUAUUGAAUCGAACUUGAACUAGCUUGCUAGGCUAAAUAGCAUGCAUGCCUAUCAUACUUACGUGACAUUAUGAAAUACAAAAUAGCUCAUUUUUUUUAGCAUCCUCAUGCUUACAAAAGAAAAGGGGUUUGGAGAAUAGAUGGUUGAAAUGACGUAAGCAUGCAAACUAAUGUGCAUUUUUGCGAUAAUGCAAUGGUAGCACAACUUAGUACUCAAGGGGGCGAUAGAGUUACUAUUAAAUGUUUGCAUUAUUGAAUCAAAUGCUGUUGUUGUAAAUGUAGCUAUAGCUAUAAACAUGUUGACCGUUGGACUAAUUUGAACUAGCUUGCUAAGCUAAACAGCAUGCAUGCCUCCCAUGCUUACAUGACAUUACGAAAUAUACCAAGGCUAAUUUUUUUAGCAUCCUCAUGACCUUACAAGGCAAAAGUGUUUCGGAGAAUAGAUGGUUGAAAUAAUGUAAACAUGCAUACUAAGGUGCAUUUCUGCGAUAACGCAACAGUAGCACAAGUUAGUACGCAAGGGGGCGAUAGAGUUACCAUCAAAUGUUUGCAUUAUUGAAACGAAUGCUGCUGUUGUUGUUGUUAAGGUAGCUUUAGUUACAACCAUGUUGACCAUUGAACUAACUUGAACUAGCUUGCUAAACUAAACAGCAUACAUGCCUUCCAUACCUAUAUUACGUUACAAAAUACAUCAAGGCUAAUUUCCAGCAUCCCCAUGACCUUAAAAAGGAAAAAUUUUAGAGAAUAGAUGGUUGAAACAAUGUAAGAAUGAGUACUAAUGUGCAUUUUUGCGAUAACGCAACAAUAGCACAAGUUAGUACUCAAGGGGGCAAUAGAGUUGCCAUCAAAUGUUUGCAUUAUUGAAUCGAACUUGCUAAGCUAAAUAGCAUGCAUGUCUCCUAUACUUAAAUGACAUUAUGAAAUACACCAAGGCUAAUUUUUAUAGCUUCCUCAUGACCUUACAAAGGAAAAGUGGUUAUAGUGGAGAAUAGAUGGUUAAAAUGACGCAAACAUGCAUACUAAUAACGCAACAGUAGCACAACUUAGUGCUCGAGGGGGCGAUAGAGUUACCAUCAAAUGUUUGCAUUAUUGAAACGAAUACUGUUGUUGUUAAGGUAGCUUUAGUUAUAACCAUGUUGGCCAUUGAACUAACUUGAACUAGCUUACUAAACUACCUUCCAUACCUAUGUUAUGUUACGAAAUACACCAAGGAAAAUUUCCAGCAUCCCCAUGAUCUUUAGAGAUGGUUGAAACGAUGUAAGAAUGAAUACUAAUGUGCAUUUUUGCGAUAACAAUGGUAGCAAUGGUAGCACAAGUUAGUACUCAAGGGGGCGAUAGAGUUCCCAUCGAAUGUUUGCAUUAUUGAAUCUAAUGUUAUUUUUUUGACUGUUGGACUAACUCGAACUAGCUUGCUAAGCUAAAUUCACUUCAAACUGUUGCUCCGUCAUGACAGUAGGUAAAAAGUUAGCUAAAAGCUGGCUAAUGCCCACAAUAGUGCAGCUUUCAUACUUACGUUUUGAAAUACAUUGAGGCUAAUUUCCAGCAUUCCUGUGACUCUACAGUGGUGUAAACAUGCAUACUAACGUGCGUUUUUGCGUUAAUGUACCAUUAGCACUCCUUUUUGCUCAAGGGGGCGUUAGAAUUACCGUCAAAUGCUUGAGUUACUGAACUCGAUGUGUUUAGUUUGCUAUAGCAAUUAACAUGUUGACCAUUGGACUAUUUGAACUAGCCUGCUAAGCUAAAUCCACUGUUGCUCCGCCAUGAGGUAAAAAGUUUGCCUAAUACUCGCAAUAGUGCACCUUUUGUACCUAUGUUACAUUAUAAUAUACAUGAAGCUAAUUUCCAGCAUUCCUGUGACCCUGCAGAGGAUAAGUGGUUUGGGAAAUGGAUAGAUGGACUGAGGCUAAUUUCAUAACACAAUGUAAAA